GAACUACUUGGACAUCUUCGCCGAAGAAACGCAGGUGCAUUGGCGUCGCUGCCCCUGUCCACCAGGGAAGCCGAAGGUUUGGCCUCCAUCUCCGACUCAAAGCUCACGACGCAUCGGUGUGGCCAUCAUGGGGAACCACAACUACAUCGCCGACAUCGCCUUGGGCUUCCAGGAUGCUUCAGCUGAAGUGGCCUUUCCUGUGGACAUCACGAUCUUGGGCUACGUCCUCGCCCAGAAGUACGAGUCGGCGAGGGAGUAUUGCAGGCUUCUUCGAAACGACCCCUGCGUGCCCAAUUUUCGAGUGGAGUACGUGCUGCAUCAGCUCACGAAGGUGAAUCCCCGUGAGGGAUCGGUGAUCACUCCCAACCUGAAGCGGAGGGGCGAAACUGCAGGCAGUAUCGAUGAGCUCAAUUCCCUGGAGGGCAUUACCUUGGGCCAGAUGCGAACCAUGCUUGAGAGAACGGUCCAUGCCACCCCGGAAUUGGAGAAAGCCGACCUCCUUGUGUGCACGUACCCCUACAUCUAUGCCUUGCUGCUGGAUGAGGUCCAGGCAACUCGGCGCAAGGCAUUCCUGCUCCCGCUGCAGGGCGGCGUGCCGGCUGAAUACACCGAGGAG